AUGCUCGCGAUCCGUCCAUCUAAUCAACCUUCCUCGAAAUCCUCGAAAAAAUACACACCCAAUCUCAUCCCAUGUCGCAUAAAUCACACGGCCCCAAUUAAGAUCGAAAAGAGAUAUUGGGACCCAAAAAUUACAAAGAAUCAAAGGGGAAAGGAAGAAUUAGUGUCAUAUUUCAGAGGCAGAAGAUUGAUUGGCAGGAAGGUAAAGGUUCCGGAAGGAUGGAGGGGGGUUGUUUUGAGAGUGGGCGAAGAAACUAUGCCACGAGAAUCGACUGCUGAUGAUGAGAGACGAGAAGACGAGGAGGACGAGGAUGCACUGGCAGAAAAGGAAGUCGAAACGAAGAUAGUUGAUGAAGAAGGCGCUUUUGACGACUUGACGGUAUGGGGGCAUGAGUGUUUGGUUGAUGCGAGUGGUGAUAUGGUCGUCAGAGGAAUAGAGGAAUGGAUGGCAUGGGCGAGUGCAAUCCACAGCUGCGAGGACGAGAUCAGCAAGGAAGUCGAAAAGUCGAAUCAAUAA